CCACGGAAGACGACCCUUCGGAUCACGUGGAUGACGUUCACGCGCUAGAGUCGUCGACGCGUUGUUUGGCUCCGGAGGAGAGCCCAUCUGACGACAGACACACAGCAGGGGUCACGUCGAGCAGACAGGGCAGUGUUGCGUUCAACCCUUAUGGAGAUAUGUUUUUGUUGUUGUUGUUGUUGUUGUCAGCGUUUUGAAGACAGAAGGGCGCGUGCAUUCAGGUUUGCCCGUUUGAUAUAUUGAUAGCGCGCUUGCUUGCAAGAAUUCGAGUUUGCAUUUCUAGAAAAUUAAAAUGGGUUCUAGACUGAGCAGACAGAGUAGUCUGGACAACGAUCACUUCACCAAGAAGCGUCGCCAGCAUCUAGACAGCACCGGACACGGCGACCGGGGGAACCGCGGCGGCGGAGACUUUUUGUUUGCGUUGAUGCUGAAAUCGGAUAAGCUGCCCGGGAUGCUGCGGAGAGCCAACCACAGCCCGUACACCCGGCGGGUGGCGUGGAUCAAGGAGAUCCAGAAGCUGCUUCGUGAUCGCAGAAUAGAGCAAGCCACCGACGUGCUCAAACUCUUAAGGAAGGACCUGGGCCUGGAAGGCUCCUCGCUGAACGACAUCCUGUACAAGAACGCGGCCUUCCUCAACCUGGUGGACCCCAUCUCCCAUGACCUGCUGCUCAGCCUGGCCCGGGAGAUGCAGUGCCCCAAGAAGGACGCGGACACCAUCAAGUCCUCAGACAAGAUCUGCAGGCAGCUCAUCUACCACCUCACCCCUCACUCCAAGUGGCUGAGGCAGAGCAUGUCCAGACGCAAGUCCCAGGCCUGCCUGAAGACCACCCUGCAGAAGAAGCUGUCCAGCGACGGGGUGGACCUGUCUGGCAUCCCCUUGUCCAGCCGGGACGUGCGGCAGGUGGCCUUCUACCUGCAAAACAACGGCGACUCCAUCGUCUCCGUGGACAUCAGCUUCACGGAGCUCACCGACGACAACCUGCGGCUGCUGCUGCCCCUGCUGGGCCUCAUGCCCAAGCUGGGCACGCUGGCCCUCAACGGCAACCGCCUCACGCUUGCCAUCAUCAAGGACCUGACGGAGAUGCUGAAGGAGCCCAAGCAGUUCUCCAGCCUGGCAUGGAUCGACCUGGGCAACAACGUGGACAUCUUCACCAUGCCCCAGCCGCUGCUGGUGGCCCUGCGGCGGCGCUGCAGCCUCCGGAGCAGCCUGCCCACCAUCUACGAGUACACGGAGGGGCAGCCCUACUGCUACCACCUGGAGACCUCCAUCGAGGACCCCAGCCUCUACGAGGAGGAGGAGGAGGAGGAGGUCGGGGAGGUGGAGGGGGCAGACGAGGAGCUGGAGGAGGACGACGGCGUGGGGGGCAAAGCAGGUCUGGAGCCGUGGGGCCUAGGGGGCAAGCGGCUAUCCAAAGACUUCACCCUCCACUUCUGCCAGAGUUGAUGGGGGCACGGGCCCGCGCUCUGUGCUCGCCACUGCGGUCGAACAGGUCUUCCCGCAGCACCCUGUUAGUUCCUUUGCCCUCCCGCCCACACACCAUGAGCCCCGUCACCCUUUGAGGGGCCAGUUCAGUUCAGCGCCCCCACCACCACCACCCGGCCUCGACUUCUCACACCAGACCUCCACCACUGUACUCCAAAGUCCUUUUCCCGGCACUGAGCGGCCCGUGACGACACGCAAACAUCAUCCCUGAGUAAACCCAGACAAGCACACGCGACGACGGCGACGGAGGACUUACUGUGUUGGCGGAGGGUGCUCUUGGGAUUCAGGCGUGGUUUCAUUGGAGGGGGGGCUGGACGAAUUCCUGAACAGGUGGGUCCUCUCUGUCACCUCUCUCUUUGUGCGUGCGUCUCUCCCGCUGCCUCGGCGGCGACGGCGGCUCUGGGAGCUGAUCCUGAGGGGUUUAGAUCAGUGGGUUGGGCCGAGGAGCGGCAUGACGGCGACAGACGGGGGUUGAACCUGCGGUAGGCUUCAGACGGUAAAAUAAAAAGGCCCAGCGGAUCUCUGUGUGUUCUCCAGCGGGAGACCGGGGGCCGAGUCGCUCUCUGACAGACGCUGCCCAGCGCCGCAUUGUGUGCAUGUCUGUUAAUCUCCCAACAAAAGCUCGGACACAAGUUCAACCGACUACACAGCCGAUGGGCCGUCACGUGAUGCCAGCGAAACUGCUGGGUCAAGACUUUUAUUGCACCCCUCCUCCCACACACACACACACACACACAGGACACACACAUACACCGUACACACACACACACCGUACACACACACACAAACACUGUACACACACACACACACACACACACAAACACACCGUACACACACACAAAUACACACACCAGACACACACACUCAACCCCCACCUUUGCGUCCACCUUGUGAAUACGUGUGCGUCACUCGUGUGUCGACCCCAACGGUAGACACAAAACACGGCUCUGUUCGGUACUUCCACUCUGUGUGUGUGCCUUUGUGCGCCCAAAGCAAUCCGAGGAGAAGAGGCAGGUACUUGACGACCGGUAGCCGACUCCUCUGACUUUGUCCUUUUGGUUUUUGUACACGCCCAAACCGAUACGAACUGGAAGGUUAUGUGUUACUUUACGUCGCGUUCUUCAUCCAUAAAGUGUUGGCACACAGCCGUGACCCAGACACGCACAGCCGGAGGCUCGCUGUGCAGCCAGACAACAGACGGGCCCCUCCAGCGUAGGCCCUUCAUGUGUUAGGUGUACUUCAGCGUUUACGUUUUCUUCUUCUUCGUUGUCCUGUGUUUCGUGUGAGGCUCAGCCAUGUUGUUGUCCAGAGCUGGAAGCCACCAGACUAUUUAAUAUUUGAGUGUCAUGUUAUUGACCGUAGCGCAAGAAUAUUUGCAUUAUACUAUUUAUAUUUGACUUUUGCUGUAUUUUUUAAACGUGACAGGUUAUUUUUUAUAUUAUUUAGGGGGAUUUACAGUGAUAGAACACCCAAGGAAUCCAUCCAUACCAUUGAAUAUGUUCCCGUUUUUAGGUGAAAUUAACCACGAUUGUUGGCAAUGAUCACAGAAUAAUGAUCAUCCGCAUUGUUGAUGUGCUAUAUGUGUCUAAUUGUGUAUCGUUGUGUGUGUCUUUGUCAGAUUAUAGGUAUGAUUAUUUGUAUGGUUGUUUUUAGUAGCUUGUCCUUUGUCUAGCA